CAUUCAUGCUCUGAGUGGCAGUGCAUUCAGUUUAUCAUGCAUGAUUCCGGUCCGGACCCGGAGUUAGUUUUCCGAGUUGCACCUUUCUCUGCUUUCGACGACAUACAGCGUGAUAUUGCGACAAAUGCCACUAUCGACACUUCCCAUCGAAAUUUGGGAACGGAUAAUUGGUUCCCUCAACACAUAUAACCGCAGAGCGUUUUGCGCCUGCUGCCUAGUAUGCCGCUCUUGGGUGCCCAUUAGCCGUCAUUACAUUUACAACGAAGUUUAUCUUCAAUCGCCAACGGGGGCAACGAAGUUCCUGAAAUGCCUCUGCCUAGACGCAGCAGACAUUGGAUUAUACGUUAACAAGCUCAAUCUUCAUGAAUUUCGUGGUCGGGACCCUCACGAGCGUCAUUGGCUCAGCCAGGCGCUUCCGACACUGUCUCGAUGUCUUCUCAAUGUUACGCAUCUCACGAUUGACUGGAUUGUUCCAGACACGUUCAACCCACCAUCAUGGGAAGCAUUGCUCAACGGUUUCCUUAACGUUACCUCCUUUUCCUUACUUUUCGCGCGAUUCACCAGACCUAUGGAGGCAUUGGAACUCAUAGCUUCUUUCCCAAAGAUGACCUCCCUCGACAUCGGCCGUCUACGCUUCAUUGAAGAUCCUAGACACGUGGUGACGAAUCCCAUGAUUGUCCCUCCUCCACAGCUCUCCACGUUGAACGUACAGCAGAUGUACGUUCCCUUUCUGCUAGACUGGCUUACGGAACACGAUAUAAAGAUCCGCUCUGCAACUUUUACGUCCCUGUAUGAUAUGAGCAUGGAAAGCAUAGGCAGAUUUGCACACAUGCUUGGCCCUUCGCUCGAGCACAUAUCACUGUGUGAGCCAGAAAUUGAUGAUACCCAUCCAGAAGCCUUUGCGGCAGAGUGUUUCAAACUUGCUGCUAAUACCCACUUGCGUUCUGUGGACAUAAAUAGGAUGUCUGCCAUUGAUGGCCUCCCAUGGCUAUCAGACCUACUAUCCCAAAUAAAGUCCGAAAACUUGGAAUGUGUUCGUUUCGCAAUAACAGCACAUACCGUGGACGUUCUGCAAAAAGUUCAUUGGUCUCAAGUCGACCAUAUCUUAUCCCAACUUCCCUCCAUACGAGUAGUCAAAUUUCGUUUCUUCAUGGACUCGUCACUGUGGCAAAGUGCUGCAGCUUUCAUGAAGACUCAGGUCCCCAGACUGGUCGACCGAGGUGCUCGUAUAGAAUUCGAGUUAUGAACAUCUCGUUCACAUCAUCAGCUUCUCACUGCCCUCGAGUCUGCCCCAUCCAAGGGUAUAACCCCAACUCCUCCACAUUCUUUCAAUCACCAUUCUUUUCUCAUGUCUAUCAAGAUUAGGAUUCGACAGAUCUUCUACAUCUUCCAAAAAUCCUUCACGGAGUCG